AUGUCCCACGAAAUUCUCCUAAACAUCAUACUACGUCGAGAAGUGUCAGGCCAAUUUCCCGUGGAGUCAGACAAAAUUCUCCUAAGCGCCAAACUCUGUCGAGAAGUGUCAGGCCAAUUUCCUGUCACUACAGACGAAAUUCUCCUAAGCGUCAUACUACGUCGAGAAGUGUCAGUUCAAUUUCCCGUGAAUUUAGACGAAAUUCUCCUAAGCGCCACACUACGUCGAGAAGUGUCAGGCCAAUUUCCCGUGACUUCAGACGAUAUUCUCCUAAGCGUCAUACUACGUCGAGAAGUGUCAGGUCAAUUUCCCGUGAAUCCUGAGGAAAUUCUCCUAAGCGUCAUACUAGGUCGAGAAGAGACAGGCCAAUUUCCCGUGACGUCAGACGAAAUUCUCCUAAGCGACAUACGACGUCGAAAAGUGUCAGGCCAAUUUCCCGUGAUUUCAGAGGAAAUUCUCCUAAGCGUCAUACUACGUCGAGAAGUGUCAGGUCAAUUUCCCGUGAAUCCUGAGGAAAUUCUCCUAAGCGUCAUACUAGGUCGAGAAGAGACAGGCCAAUUUCCCGUGACGUCAGACGAAAUUCUCCUAAGCGACACACGACGUCGAAAAGUGUCAGGCCAAUUUCCCUGA